ACAAUCACUAGUUUGCAAGACUAAUUGGUAGGAGAAAACCGUAAGAAAAAUGAAACUCUUCGUCACUUCCUUAGCUAUCGGUUUUGCCGUUAUACUACUUGCAUCUGCUGAAGUCAAAUGUCCAGAAAUAUCGGAUGAUUCCGUCUACUUUCCUCAUGAGAUAGAAUGUGGAAAAUUUUAUGAAUGUUCAUCCCGUUCAGCCAUAUUAUUUACAUGUCCAACCGGAACCUACUUUGACCCUGAAUUGAACAUCUGUAACUGGAAUGUGGACUGCGGAAAUCUGUUAACAUCUACUGCUCCACCAGCGACUACUCCUGCAAAGGAAGGGCAUAAAGAAUAACGUGUAUUACCAUUUUCGCAUCGAUAUUGAUCUGUGAUGAUCUGUAAGGCAUGCCAUUAUAUGAAAUAAACUUAUAA